UCGGACCUCGGAAUAAGAACAUGGAAACAUAAAUAGUGGAGGUUGUUGCCAAACAACGAUGUAACGCACGAUCCAAAAGCAGAAAGCAAAGUUGUUUGACUGAUACCAGUUUAUUGAUUUUGAUAUCCGAACACACAUUCUUUCAGCAAAUAAGUACGGAAAUAUAUAUGUAAAAAAAUGAACAAAAAAGCUUUGUCCAUUUUGAUGCGCGCCAGAAUGAAGCCCAACGAUCGUACAAGCCUUUCUCUCUCUCCUAUUCCUCUAACAAACGCGACGAGUCAAAUGCAGCAGCAGAAUUCCCGCCAAAACGGAUCGCCAGGUGAUGGAAAUUCAGCGCCAAAUGACUCCGGCAACUCCGAGAGAGAGUUUAAGCGUGUCCGCGCUUCAAUGCACUCUGCCAUAUCAAUGAGCAAAACAGAAGUUCUAGAUGACGUGCUUAAUAACUUCUCGGAGGGUUAUUUAAACCUUUCUCAUGAAAACCGUCGCAAGUUGCUCCUUGUCCUUGCUAGAGAAUAUGAUCUCAAUAGGUCACAAGUGCGUGAACUGAUAAAGCAGUACCUUGGACUUGAACAUCCUGCUGACAAAGCUCAAGUUAGUGGCUCUGAAGACGAAGGUUUGUUUUCUUCUUUCUAUCGCAUUGAGAGGAAUUUGAGACAUGCCCUCCAGCCGGUUUAUGAAGUUCUCUUUGAGCGUCUCAACACUCAUCCUGGAGGGUUGAGGACCUUAUCCAUUCUUCGAGAAGAUAUCCUAUCUAUUCUUGCAGAGGAGAAUAUUGCAUCGCUGAGAGCAUUGGAUUCUUAUUUAAUGGAAAAAUUUAUUACAUGGCUUAGUCCUGCUGCCUUAGAGCUUCACCAGAUUACAUGGGAUGAUCCUGCUUCUUUGCUGGAGAAAAUUGUUGCUUAUGAAGCUGUGCACCCUAUUAGCAACCUUCUAGAUCUUAAGAGAAGACUGGGAAUUGGCCGUCGUUGUUUUGGAUAUUUACAUCCCGCUAUUCCUGGUGAACCCCUAAUUUUCAUUGAAGUUGCACUACUGAAGGAUAUUGCUCAGACUAUACAGGAAGUUUUGUGGGAUAAUCCUCCUAUACCUGAAAGUGAGGCAACAUGUGCCUUGUUCUACUCCAUAUCAUCAACUCAGCCUGGCUUAGCGGGGAUCAACUUGGGAAAAUUUCUCAUCAAACGGGUUGUAACACAGGUGAAAAGAGAGAUGCCACAUAUUUCUACCUUUGCAACCCUCAGUCCCAUCCCGGGAUUCAUUUCAUGGCUUUUAUCCAAGUUAGCAUCUCAAAGACUGCUUGCUGAGGGAGAUAAUUUGUCACAACCACAAGCAGAGGGAUCCAGUUCCACUUUCUAUGAGAAUAUACUUAAACCCGAGGAGGAAGAAGCACUUAUGAGUUUACCUAAGGAUAUCGCUGCAGGAGAAAAUGGAAUGGAUGUGAUGUUCAACUUGCUUACUUCUACAUCCUAUAAGUGGAUCCAUUCACCAGAACUUCUGUCAGCAUUAAAAUCCCCUUUGAUGCGUUUAUGUGCCAGGUACCUUCUGCAAGAGAAGAAAAGAGGAAAGGCUUUGGACUCUGUAGCAAAUUUUCACUUGCAAAAUGGAGCGAUGGUUGAAAGAAUAAACUGGAUGGCAGAUCGUUCAGAUAAAGGUCUUUCUCAAAGUGGAGGGAUCAUGGUGAACUACGUGUAUAGGUUGGAUCACAUAGAAGAAUACGCCCAAUCAUACUUCAACAAUGGUGAAAUUCAUACCUCAAGUGAUCUCCAUCGCUGGGUUGAUGCAACAGAUACUGCUUAGUGUCAAUUCAAAUCUGAUAGAAGAUAAACCUCAACGUGUUUUCAAAAAUAUCAUAUGUGCAUGUGGUUUGGAAACAAAGCUCCUUGGCAGCGGACAACCUUGUUACUACUAAGCCCUGCCUUUCUUUGUCUCGACCUCUUUGCUAUCACUUGCAGCCAUAGAGUGAUAAGUGAUUGUGAAGUCUGCUUGGUUGGAUCGUAAUGGAAGGUUUAGUCAUAACAAUAGGAGUACAGGACAAAUGCAUCCAAGUCUAAAACAGAGGAAGCAUAUAUCUUUAAUUGUUGAUGAUUUCUGUCCAUAGAACAGAAAGCAACUGAUUGUGUCACUAUCCAAGAAUGCCCUAUAAAUAGGAGGUGCAUAGGAGGAAGGUUAUAAUCAAUAGUCCAUGCUUGGUAAACCUUAAGCUGUACAAUGUAAUGUAAUAUUUGUACUUACAAGACUGACAACAAACACUAUCUUAUUCUUAGUGAAGAAGGUGCUACUGCUUCUGAAACUGUAAAUUAUCAAAUAGGAAAUUGUUCCUUGAACAUUGAGGAUUGAA